CCGGGAGGGGGGCGCACAGAGAGUUCGGGGCUGUUGGAGAGCGGAGUCAGAAACCUCCUCGGAGGGGGCCCCAUGUAAUUCGAUGCAUGUUGUUAAAGCUUAGAGCAUAUUGUCUUCCCUUUUGCUUACGAAGCCUCCACCCACCCACCCACCCGGCCGGGCCCACCCUACAUUUAGCGGAUCAUGUGACUCGGGGUAAGUCAUUUGCAAGUACAACAGUUCACUGUGCGCUCCCAUUCAUUUCCUGAGAAGUGCCCGAGCAAGCGCGCAGCUGAGAGGCAGAAGGGGAGGGCGCCGCGCUCACACGCACACGCCGUCACGAGCGCUCCAACACGCGUCCGCGGAGAGGAGGAGACGAGACGGAGAGGACUGGAGGAAGGAGAGCAGCCUCCGAGUCUCUGCGGCUCUGCAGCUUCUGACCAGGCAGCCUAAGAAGCAGGAUGUUAAUGCUUGACGGAAUGCCUGCAGUCCGAGUCAAAGCUGAGCCCCUGGAAUCGGAACAAGGGUCACCUAAAGUGCGCCAUUAUCCUGUGAUGGACGGCAUCCCCUUCUAUCUCAGCAGAGUUAAACCCGAACAUCCAGAAAACCUGUUGGGCUACGACUUGAACUUCCACACACAGACUGAGCCUGUCGACCUGUCGAUCAACAAACCCCGCCCCUCUUCCUCAUCUACCACCACCACAACCUCCUCGACAUCAAUCCUCAGAUCCGCCUUCUCCCCAUCGUCUUUAUCGUCCUCCUCCACCUCCUCCUCUUCCUCCUCCUCACCGUCAGUUAUCACCUCGGCCUCAUCGGUGCUCACACCGGGCCCUCUGGUCGCCCCCGGCAGAGGGUUGAGAGGUCAGCCAUAUUUGCACAUCCUGCAGUCUGUGCCGCCGCCCCCAUCCAGCCCUCUGAGCCUGCAGGGAGCAGGAAAGCUGGCCAGCCAUGUUCACCGCAUCCCAGUUGUGGUACAGUCGCUGCCCCUCAUGUAUACCACUGCUGUGCGUUCACCCUCCAGCCUCAACAACGCUAUGAUGCUACCUCUGCUGGAAGAGGCCAAAAGCCAGGGAAAAGCACACACAGACCUCAACGGCCUGUCGCCAAGGCAGAUCAAAAGUGACAGCGACGACGAUGACCUGCCAAACGUCACCCUGGACAGUGUUAAUGAGACCGGCUCCACAGCGCUGUCUAUAGCCCGAGCUGUACAAGACUCCAUGUCUCCAUUCAGUAUUGAAAGCAUCCGACGCCCCCGGAGGUCCGAGUCACCAGACUCCAAAAAGAGAAGAAUCCACAGAUGUGACUUUGAGGGCUGCAAUAAAGUUUACACCAAAAGCUCACAUUUAAAAGCACACAGGAGGACACACACAGGGGAAAAGCCAUACAAAUGCACCUGGGACGGUUGCACCUGGAAGUUCGCCCGCUCCGACGAGCUGACGCGGCAUUACAGAAAGCACACCGGAGUGAAACCCUUCAAGUGCGCAGACUGUGACCGCAGCUUCUCCAGAUCCGACCACCUGGCCCUGCACAGACGGAGACACAUGCUGGUGUGAACCCAAUGCAGAGCAGCUCCAAGGGGGGUCGAGAACGCAAAAAAGACAAAGGAACAGAAAACACGCAUGUACGUACGCACGCACACAGCCAGGCAGGCGGCCCGGGGAGCGGGAUCUCCCUGUGAAUGUUUUCAGCUGGCCUGGAUCCCCACAAUCACACACAUUCAUCUUUUUUAAGGAGAUGGACGAAGGUGCACAGAGCUUACGGAGCAGAAAACAGGGUCACUUCUAGAUCCUCUGGCUUUUCAAGACAGACACAGAAGGAUCUUUUAUUGUCGAUGUUUGAAAUAUAAUAGGGAGCGUUCUUUAAAAGCACUGUUUGCUUAUGUUUUGCUUGGAUUUUUAAGAUGAAGUCGCACUCUAUUUGUACUCAUACAGACACAUGUGUUUGUGUGUGGACACUCUUUCCUUUCUUUGUUGUUAAGGCUGCUGCUUCUGCAGCAUUCAUAAUGUGAAGGACCCUGUUGUGAGGUAGGGGGUUUCCUGUCAAAGCAGGAAGGAGGACCUGGAGCGGAUCACGGGAUCAGAACUUUGGCACAGUUGGAAUUAUGCUUUUUUUUUUUCCGUAUUGAGUUGCAUUUCCUCCAAGUGACCAGUAGAUGGUACAAUUUCUUCAUGGAUGGAGUGUUUUCCCCCCCUUUUUUUCUCUAAUAAUCUGCUGGAAUAUCCAUGACACCCCUUACACAAGCUAACUUGAAAGAAAAAAGAUCAGCCAGAAGACAGUGAAGAGGUUUUAGAGGAUCAACCUUAUCAGCAUCAUCUGCUUUCUCUCAAACCCGCAUCAUCGCACACCAGCAACACGUUUCAGGAUCCUCCUCAAACGGGCAGCGGCAUCUUUUUUUUUUCAGCCUCUUCAAAGCAUUUUUUUGCGACAGAAGAAUAAAAAACUUUUUUGUGUGUAUUUUGAGCUGUGAUUAGCAAUCAGUAAAGUGCAAUCUUAAAAGAUAAAUGUUCUUUCAGUCGAUUCUGUUCAGGAAUCUCGCUUUUGGUUCUUAAAUGCCUGUUUAUUGCUUAUGUUUGACAAAUACACCUCCCCUCACGUAGAGCCAAUCUUAAAACAAUCAGAUUUAAAGAAAAAAAAAAGAGGCACCUUAGGGAUCUUCAUCCCUAUUUUUAUCAAUCCACUUAAGGAGCACAACACCAGUCGAGGAGUUACAGAGCUCACUUUAGCGAGCAGGACAGAAGAGCAAUACAACCUGAACAAAAGUGCUUAGCUGGAACCUCCUCUUUGGUCCUCUGGUUGAUGUCAAAAUCUGAUGAGGAGUUUCCGUUUCAUUGACUGGAUAUGAGAACUGGACAAAGUGACCCCUCCCCUCUGCGUUCCAAACAGGAAGUACCUGCUGGUUUCAAAAAUCCCAUAAACUUUUAUUGAGGAUUAAACUCAGUCAUAUUUGUCAGAAUAAUCAUUUUGUGCUCUGAUACCUUUUUUUUCAAACAUGUUCUUGAUAAUCCAAAUUUUAUUUCAUGAUAUUUUUUUUCUGUAGUGCAAGUUAGCUAAUUAAAAACUGGCAAAUCGGAUGCUUCAAUCGAAGCGUUUGACAGAUUCUCCCGAGUGGUUCCCAUAGAAACGCUGACUCAGACCGACUCAAACCAAUCACUGCUGACAGAUGAUUUCUAGUUCCAAUAUGGAGACAUUGCAAAAAAAGGAAAAAAGGCGACUGAAUCGACUUUAUUUUAUGAUAUUUUCUUCUGCAUUGGAGCCAUUGGGUGACGUCACACUCACUCGGUCCAGUUCUCAUAUACAGUCAUUGGUUCCAUCUGAGACUGUCUGAUGUGGUUCCCUCCACACAAUCACACGUUGUUUUCCAGUUUGUCAAAAACCACCUCCUAACAUAAAACAUCUGUACUGAUUACAAUCUCAUCAAAAAUAUUUUAAAAGCCCCACUUAGAUGCAUUCACAACACAGAUAUUAAUAAAACACAAGUGUUUUACCAAGCUCCACAUCUAUCCUGUGUAAUAUUUAGGAGAUGGCUUCGUGUUAAUCAGGGAAUUAAAUUCAAAGUAUAUUUUUAUAGUCCUCAUUACAGACAUUUAUGCGGGUGUUUCUGGUGCUCUUUCAGCUUCAUAAAAGCUUCAAACAGAAAGUAUCCGGCCAACCAAUGAUUUCUGAACGCUCUGCCAAAUGCAUGGAUUGGACAGAAGCCAGCAAGAAGGAACACUUUGAUUAUGGUACCUUGAAAUCCUUAUACACUAAUGCACACACACACACACUCUCCGAUACAUAAAAGCACACUUUUGACGGUUAAGAUCAGCCAAAUCCAAGGAGGUCCACACAUCAUUUUCUGAAGAAGGAUGUCCCUCUGAUGUCAGAAAAGGAUGUUCUCUUUAUUUAUGUAUUUCCUUUCAUCACGCCCAGUUGUAUUAUCAUUUUGGUAAAAGCAUAUCAGCACCUUCUUGUUAGUUAGUUUGUUUAUGUAUAUGAUUUUCCCAGAUUGUUUUAUUUUAGAUGUCAAUUUAUUAACAAAUAAUCAUCCAUUUAAUGUAUUGAGUCGUGUUAUGAUCGAGUCGCACUCGGUGGUUGCUUAUAAUUCUCUUUUCUGUACAAAAAAAAAAUGAAAAAGGAUCUUUUUUUUGUAAUAUAUGUGAUAGUGAAGAAUAAAGCUAUGAUAUAAAAAGUUCUACAACCUGUAAAUACAACGGAAAAAUAGGGCUUUUGAUUAGCAGAUGCAGGAAAUACAUUUAUACGUGUAAAGUCUUUUCAGAGACUGUAAUUUAUCUAAUUUGAUACACAGUAAAAAAAAAGGGGCUAAAUGUUUUAUUCCUAUCAAUUAACAUGGAUUUUUUUUCCCUUUCUUUUGCAUUUUUUUAGAUCAAUUUUUUUCUGAGGCUAAAUCAGUGUUUGCUAUAAUAAAAAGAUUAUUAAUAAUUUCUACACAUUGAAAGGUUAGUGAUCCCCAGUGUAUUUUGUUCUAUCCACACAAGUAUUUUUUCACAAACCAAGCACAUAUCAGCUGCACGUGUACUUCUGUAUUCAGUAUAUGAUGCAUGCUUGCCUUAAAAAACACAGGUUCAUGACUAAUUCAAUUGGACUUGAAGGUGGCGGGCGUCUCCACAGGACAGGGUGGAUUGUAUUUCCCUACUGCAACUGUUCUUGUUUUGUUUUUGUUUUUCUUGCUCAUUUUCAAGCAUAAUUUUGUAAUGGUAACCAGGGUCAAAGUUAUGCAAUAAUAAAUGAAUAGUGCCUCAUAUUACAACACUUGUAACGUCACCUGCUCUGUGCAAAGUUUUGAUUCCAACAUGUCUGCUUCAAAUCCUAAAUUUCAAACCAAGACAAUAAAAAAAGGUGAAUUUGGGACAAAAAAGAAAGAAAAGCACAGACGAAAAUAUGCCAGUUGGACCUCUAACAUAGAAUUUCUUUCUCGCACUGAGCCUUAUAUCAUUGUGUCCAAAUGCCAUAAAUCCUCCCAUCAUGCUUUUUUCGCUUUACACCGUUCCUUUGCUUACAAUAAGUCACCUCAUUUAAGGGGAAUCCAACCAAGGCCUCUGGGUGUGUCAGCUUUAGCAGGUUAGCUCAACACAGUGUGGAAGAAAAUCAGGAAUCCUGUUCACAGAUUGGCACAUUUGUUACUGGUCUUAAACUUCCUCUGAGUUUGUUCAAUAUUUGACUUUUCUUUGUGUAACAUCUGCGCUUGACUUUUACUGGUUUUUUGAAAGUUUAAGUAGUGAAGCCAAUGCCUAUGUUUCAAGUUUGCUGAUAUUCCGUACGGUAAUCGUUGUUUCUGUAUUUAUGUAAGUGAGUGUAGUGUAAAUAUAUUCAGAUCCUUUCAUUCUUGCCGUUACUAAUUGUGAUAUUGCUCAGCAUUGCUUCAAAAAGGGAGAUUCUGCUCAUGGAAUUCCACAUCUGUAAAAGAAGUUUUAAAUGAUAUUUUUCAAACCCCCCAAAAAAUAGUGUUAUUAUGUUUUUUUUUUUUUGUUUUUUUUUGCUGUUUGUUUUGUUUUUUUCCCCCCAAGAGUUGUUUAAGUAUCAAGUCAGUGUUUUGCCUUUUUCUCUGUAUUUUUCAUAUGGAUGGAGCUGUGAAAUUAAAAUAAGUGCAAGCAUAAACAUGUAUAUUGAAAUGAAUGGAGGCAUGAAGGUUAAUAAAGUUGCAUUUUGUAU